AUGGCUCGCGUCCUGCAUGUGGAAAGGACGUUGGAGUCCCUAAAAGGUGAACGUUUCUGGCCCCUUCUCGACACCCUCUCCACCCUUCUUCCUGUCUGUGUUGGGGGGAGCUUCUGUCGAGAUCGGGCGAGGCCCGGGGCCUGGUCCGCCGGUGAAUCCCAGGCGGCGUGGAGAGGCGCUGACCUGCCCGAUCUGAGGCCUGAAGGGAGCGCGAGGACCCGAGGGGGUGGCUGUGGAAUGAAGCUCUGCGUUUCAAGCUGCUGCUUGCCCUAUCUUGCCCUAUCUCCCAAAAUCUGGUCCCAGAAUUCUACCCUGGACGCGUCGCCCCAAGGCCACCUUGGUCGCCCAGGGGCCUCCCAUAAGGGAUUGCCCCGCUGGCAGGGCACUAGUUUGACAGCUCCUGAGAAAAUGGCAGCACCUGAGCUGUCGACUCAGGGCCUCUUCCUGCCCCCCUGGACUCUGGACGCUAUUGCUAAUGACCUCGAAAGCCACCUCCAUCUCUUCCUGGGGGAUUUUGGUUUGAUCCGGCGCACGGGCAGGUCAAGGACUAUUGGCAAAGACAGAGGGAGGUGUGGAAUCUUUCCCACGCUUUCCGUCAUCCUGAAAGAAACCAAGCACACGAAAACCCCUCUUGUCUGGACGGGCUGCCGGGAACUGGGCUUACCAGUGGAGCCCCCGGAGGAGGUCGGCUUUGGGGAGCCCGGGGUUCCAGGCAGCCCGGAGACGGGGCUCAGGCUCCCGCCGCCCCCACGCGCACUCUCCCAGACUCCCUUGCGCCACGGCGGACGCGGGCGGGUCGGGGCCCUUCCGGCCGCCGCGGACCCUCGGGCUCCCGGGGCGCCGCCACCCGGCUGCCUGGGGCCAGUCCGGCUUUGCGUGGCCGCCGCCGCCGCCGCCCCGCCCCACCCCGGCCGCGAUCCCCGGACCGGGAAGCCCGAGAGUUGGCUCCCGGCCGGCCCAGGGCCCCGCAGGCCAGCAAUCCCGAGGCCUGAACGGCGAACAGAAGGAAGCCCGGCAGCAGCCAGCGCCCACCCUCCGGGAGGACCACGCCCGCGCCCGCCGGCUCCCUCCAGCGGGACGCAGCAAAGGAACACUACAUCAACACUCUUGGCCCGGAUCUGGACACAGAAGACUCCUGUUUCAAGAAAAUACAGUCAUCUCUCAAAUCCUGUAAUUUAUAUGCAUUCUAAACUCACUAGGUAUUGAAAACCACCAAGUGUCCCACACCAUGGGGUAAAAUAUAAUCAAUCACUCGGUGUAAUAUUAUACAUCCUUUAAAAAUGGUAUUGGAAAAUGUUUUAUGAUCAGUAAGUCAAAAUAACUCUCUCCCACCGUUUCUUUCUCCCUGCUGCUCCCUGAUACCCACGCUUCUUUGUUCCAUUUGGCACGUAAACUUGUUUUUCCCGCCAAAUGAGUCAGUCAUGAUGGGAACGUCAAUUGAUUUGAACAGAUGUGUGUCAAUGUUACUUGGGAAACUAGAUGCCAAUAACCAGGGCCACAAAAAAAAGGCAGUGGUUGCAACUCUGUAAAAAUUUACACGUGCAUACAGACAAUGACUAAAGUGGAACCCCAAAUAGGAAAAGAGUUGGAUACACUCCAGUGCUUGGAGAUUGAAUGAUUGUAUGCUGCUUUUGAUUUUCACUAAUACGAGUAACUGUCCAAUUAAAAAAGACCUACUAAGGAC